AUGUUGCCGCUAUUUGGCAUCAGCAGCGAUCAGCUCUCUGAGUUGCUGCUCAUCAACAUUGGCAGCGCUGCUGACAUCCUCGACCUCUUCGAGUCCUUCAAUGAGGAAGCUGUUAUAAACAAUUUUCCCCUACAGAUAAGCAUCCUUUGCCUAUGGCAAGCCAGUCUACUGCAGUUUUGCUUCAAUAAGACCUCCAGGCUUGAGGCCAGCAUGUCCUCCAUCCUGACACAUUCAACGGCGCCUCGUAGCCUGGACAGCGGUCAACACAACCCUUUUCAGGCGCCUGCGGUAGCCGACACCAACCAAAAUUGUUGCCUGCGAUGCUGCAAAAGGAAGAAGAAGGUAACUCGAUUAAAAUCCCUGCAUGAAGUGGAAGCACAGGCUCGAAGGUCCAAAAAGAAGGCGGAAUCCCAGGUGCGGAGCUCCACAAGCACGGCAGAAUCACAGUCGCGAAGCUCCACAAACACGGCAGAAUCACAGUCGCGAAGCUCCACAAGCACGGCAGAAUCACAGGUGCGAAGUUCCAAAAAGACGGCGGAAUCACAGGAGGAAGCCAGUGAGUUGACAGAGGAAUGCACUUGCUGUUGUCAUUGUUGGCAUAGUUACUUUCUUCGACCGGGUCACUUUGGUUAUGUUCUCUUCGGAACGGAAUUGUGGGCCAUUAUAAUGACGCUGAUGCUGCAAGACAUGCCCUUUCUGAUCCUGCGGCUCAUGCUGAUUUUCCGCUACAAUGUGCAGAGUUAUCAGAACAUUUUCUUCACUGUCAAGAACCUACUCCUCAUUCUGGCCCAGGUCUUUCGGUCCACGAUCCUGGUGCAAGCUCACUGGUCUACGAACAAGUUGUUAGGGCGAACCCGUGUCUAUCGUCCACGCUGA